CGGAACGGACGUAAUCUUUAAAGAUCUUCGGGUUCAGAUAUAUCUUGUCUUGUGUUGAGGCAAAAUUAAUGAAUAAUUGACAGCUGGAUUGCUUUGAUCUGAAACCACGACGCGUAAACAAAAGUGACAAAAUGAUGAGCCACCAAUUAGUGGCCUUGGCUAUUGUGGCCAUCUGUGGUUUUGCCACUGGUUCUUUGGUGGAAACACCUGGGGUUACCCAGGCCCCGCCUCCACUGCCGCCCCAAGUCAACCCGGCGCGGUCGCGCGUGCGUAACAACUUCCGAACCCCUGUAAGUUCUUCGUUACCCUUAAAUCCCGCUCGUUGCGAUUACAAGGAGCUGAUGACCAACCUCCAUGAUCGCGUUGGCAUCUUGGUGACCUUGGAUGAGGACCAGCGCCAUCGCCUGGAAGUCAUCGAUAAGAAAUUGGAUCAACUGGUGGACAGCAGCGAGGCUCGCAUGGAAUCCAUGAAGGUCCAGCAGCUGAACUUCCAGCAGCGUCUGGACAGCUUUGAGCAUAUCCAACGCCUCUCAAGGAACACUCUGGAUGAACUAAAAGGUGAAACCGAUCAGGUUUUUGGCCCAAGAGCUGUUAGAGAGUUGAAGCACAGGCUUAGAAAUCGCAGAAAAAUGAAUGAUAUCUCCCGCACUGUCCGAGCCAUUCCCCAGGAUCAGUAUACGGCAGCCUCAGGCUCUUCGGAUGCUCGAGACUUUAAUUCCUCCAGCCUGAGUGUCUCGGAUCGCCUGGAUGCUUUGGCCACCCUGCUGACCUCCACGGCCCUCAAUGUCCGGGCUGUGCAGUGGGAUGUGGCCAAGCUGGCCCAGUCCAUCAAUCGCCAGCGUCGUGUGUCCCAUCGCAAGGGCCUGGGCCAAGGACCAGGUCAGGGACAAGGUCAGCAGCCGCCCAUCUUCUACGGCCCCUCGGGACCAGGUGGCUACCAACCCUCCUCCUUCACCCGGCCGCCCAGCAGCUGCCAGCAGUCCUUCCUAGCCAUCGAGGGCAUCCUCAAGGUGCAGCUUACACCAGAGUCAGAGUCCUUCUAUGUGGCCUGCGACGAGGACUGGACGGUGAUCUUGAACCGCAGCUCUGACGAACUGAACUUUGAGCGCGGCUGGCUGGACUACAAAGAUGGCUUUGGCAAUCUAGCUGGUGACUUCUUUAUAGGCCUAAACAAACUCCAUGCUUUGACUUCGUCUGCCAUCCAUGAACUGCGCAUAGUUCUUGAGGAUUUUGCAGGCAACGUGGCGUAUGCGGGAUAUUCCACCUUUGCCAUUGGCAGCGAAAAGGAACUGUAUCCUCUCAACUUGCUGGGCAGAUUCCAGAGCGAUCUAACGCCCUCGGCGGGGGAUUCCCUGUCAUAUCAUGCCGGUGCCAAGUUCAGCACUGUGGAUGCCGAUAACGAUAACUGCAUCGAUUGCAGCUGCGCCCAGAAGCACAAGGGUGCCGGUUGGUACAACAAUUGUGGCACCAGCAAUGUGUUGGGUCAGUACUUCCAGCAGAACUACGGCCGAGCUGGAGAGACGGGCAUCUUUUGGGACACGUUUCAGGGCAAGGAUUAUUCGCUGAAAAGGAUUAGGAUGAUGAUAAGACCUGUUAAUGAGGAAGAGGCCAGGCGAUAGGAUAUUAAAUGAAACAGGAAGAGUGUCUUAGAACUUCUUUUUGGGGAUUUUUAAGAUUUUAAUAAGCAAACAAAGAGCUUUAAAAUUCAUAGAGAUUGGAUAUAUCCUUAGAGAGGGUUUAAAAAUUGCCUAUAAAAUAUUUUUAAGAUUUUCUGGACCUAAAAUUAUCAUUGGAGGUAUGAAAUCUCUUUGAAAAGUAUCUAAAAAUGUGUUUGUAAAAUAUUAUAAAAUUUGUUAGAACCUUUUCAAAUACUUUCUGGGUAUAUUUUAACCCUUUAAAAAUUUUAAAGUGUAUAACAAGUUCUUUUAAAUUAUUUUAAACAAUUUUAUCACCUUUUUAAACACUUUCUGGUUGUAUUUUAACCCCUUAAAGACUUCUUAGACACUCUUAAAACUAUAUUCUUAUCCAACUGCCAUCUCCGAAAUCAGGGAUAACCCAGCAUCGGAUCAAAAUCGAAUCAAAAAUCGAAUCAAACUCGAAUCAAAAUCAAAUCUCGUUUGAACAUCGCUUGCAUUUUAACCCUAGCUUUAGCUCAACUCUCCCUGUCUGUGCGUGUAUAUGUGUGUAAUAUUUAUGGAAAAUUACUUAAUACCUAGAUAAUACAGUAAU